UUCCCUACUCAUUCGUUUCGCGACGCGUUGUCUCGCCGGCCGGCUUCCGCCUCAUUCGUACCGCGUACGCUGCCCGCUACACUCGAUCGUACACUUAACUAAUCAGACAUGACAGAAAGCACGGAAACCCCUGCGGCCGCAGCGCCUGAAAAGACCCCGACUGAGAAUGGAACCACCGAAACUCCUCCAGAAGAGACCCCGGAGAAAGCCACAGAGGAGAAAGAAAAGGAGACCCCGCCACCCAAGGAGAUGCGGGCCGUCGUCCUAACCGGCUUCGGCGGUCUAAAGACUGUCAAAAUUCUGAAGAAACCAGAGCCGACACCGGCUGAGGGUGAAGUCGUCAUUCGUGUUAAAGCUUGCGGUCUCAACUUCCAAGAUCUGAUCGUGCGACAGGGGGCCAUAGAUUCGCCACCAAAGACACCCUUCAUUCUGGGCUUCGAAUGUGCUGGAGAAAUCGAACAAGUCGGGGAAGGCGUCACCAACUUCAAGGUUGGAGACCAAGUAGUGGCCCUGCCAGAAUACCGUGCCUGGGCAGAACUGGUCGCGGUACCAGCGCAAUAUGUCUACGCGCUGCCUGAAGGCAUGUCUGCGUUGGACGCAGUGGCCAUCACAACCAACUACGUAGUGGCCUAUCUGCUGCUCUUCGAGAUGGCCAACCUGACGCCCGGCAAGAGCUUGCUGGUGCACUCGGCUGGAGGUGGUGUGGGCCAAGCUGUUGCCCAGCUAGCAAAGACGGUGGACAACGUGACGGUGUUCGGAGUUUGCUCCAAGAGCAAGCACGAAGCUCUCAAGGCUAACAACAACAACAUUGACCACCUGCUCGAGCGCGGUAGUGACUACACCAGCGAAGUUAGGAAGAUCACUCCUGAUGGCGUCGACAUUGUGUUGGACUGUCUCUGCGGCGAAGAGUGCAACCGCGGGUACUCGCUGCUCAAGCCUAUGGGACGAUACAUCCUCUAUGGUUCAUCUAACAUCGUGACCGGCGAAACGAAGAGUUUCUUCAGCGCCGCGCGUGCCUGGUGGCAAGUGGACAAGGUGUCCCCGAUCAAGCUGUUCGACGAGAACAAGAGCCUCGCGGGUCUGAACCUGCGGCACCUGCUGUUCCAGCACGGGCGCGCGGAGUACGUGCGCCGCGCGGUCGAGCGCGUGUUCGCGCUGUGGGGCGAUGGGAAGGUCAAGCCGCUUGUCGACUCCACCUGGGCGCUCGAGGAUGUCGGUGAAGCGAUGCAGAAGAUGCACGACCGCAAGAACAUCGGCAAGCUCGUUCUAGAUCCGUCUCUGGAGCCAAAGCCGAAGCCCGCGACUCCCGCCAAGGGCAAGUCCGGCAAGGAGAAGAAACCAGCCAAAGAGAGUUCCGAAGAGAAGAAGGAGAAGGAGACAAAGGAAGAGGAGAAGAAGCCAGCGGAGAACGGGGAAAAGAACGGUGAGGAGGCGCUCACUAACGGUAACAGUGAUGAAGAGUCUAAGGAGAAGGAGAAGGAAUCUAGCUGAAUUGUUUCCCCAGAAAGCUGGACCAGAUAAACCACCGCCAAUUAAUUAUUUUAGUGUUGCUCGUUUUAGCGAUGCGAAGCCGCGCUUGCACUCCGGCGCCGCUACAACCACUAUAUUAUGUUGCCUCAUGUUUGAUUUUAUAAGUCUGAGUACGGCCCUGGACGAUCUUACAACUUUAUCAAGAUUUUUCAAAAGCGUUUCGAAUGCGAUUAGGAAAUAUAAAUACCUUAUAAAGGAUUUAAUGGUUAAUUGAAACGAGGCUAUACAAUAAAUUGAUUCGAUAUUGGAUUCGUUUAUUACAAAACUCUUUUGGAAAAUCACUCUCAAAUAUCGAUAUCGUUGCAAGAAUCGACAUCGUCGUAAAUGUCUCAUUUAAGUUAGUCUUUACGUUUUUUUUAUUCUAUUAUUCAUCACAUUCAAAUAAUUAUAAUGAAAUUGACGAUUAUGCAACAACAUAACGGUACAGCGAAAUUGAAAUCGAUUGUCUAAUUUAAUUGAAAUUUAUUUUUAUACGUUUCGUUUUAUCUCUGGCCUAAGUUAAUCGUUUUCCACAAAUCUCAUAGUUUUAAAAUUUUUAAGACUUUAUUUUAGGACGAGAUAUUUUUGUCAGCGGUUAUUUUGAAUGGCUAUUGUAUAAGAUGCAGAGAUGCUUAAUCUUUAUGUAUGUUAAGCUUUAAUAUUUUAUUAGUAAAUGUUUAAAAUUUGGCCCUGGUACCCCCUCCCGGCCCCGCUCCGCUCGUCGCGUUCUCGCUACUUUGAACUUUAAACUCACUUACACUAGGACACUAAUCGCACACACAUCCUGAAACUAUCCACGUUCGUGUAGCAAAGCAUACAUUAAAAACAUUUUUUCAUAAAAUCGAAACCCUACGUGUGAUAUUUUGUACUAGACAUGCUAGUUUUUAUACGAUAUGUACACUGCCCACCGUUUUCAUUCUGUUGAAACUUCAAAAACAACCAAAGUUUGGAAAUUUACUAUAUUUUUGUACUAAGUAGAAAUUUUAUAUGUUUUUUGAACUAACAAUGAAAUAAAUCCUUGUUAGCAUUCGGGAUGGAAUCGAACGAAAUACUCUGUGAACAAUAGCGAGAUUACGACGACGUCUUAUUGUGAAAAUUUUCAUGUCUAUGUGUAAAUGUAUGUAAAAUUCAAUGUAAUCGGUGGCAUCUUUUUAAUAAUUAUACCCUAAAUUAUAUUUUUAUAGACAAAAGUCUAGUAAAACUUCUGUAAGGCUUUCUAUGUAUCUUUACACACAAAUAUCACAUAUCUACAUAAAUAGAUACACUCUCACACGAUGUAUAUUAAUGUUUUGAUAACAAUAUUACUCUGCAUUUUUCGAUAUAAAACUAGUGUUUAUGAUAAAUAUAUCUGGUUUAAGGUUGUAAGUAACAUUUACCGCCAUAAAUGUACAGUACGUUUAUAGGUGUUUGUACGCAGUACUAAAACUUAUCUGUAGGUAUAACAUAUCACGUGCAAGAAAGGUAAAUGAGAAAGGCUGAAAAGUAGUUGUCCGGGUUUCCGGAAUAAAACGAGGCUGUUCCAUUCCUUGCGAUCGUAUACUCGAACUGCUCAAUGAAACCUGCCAUCGCACUGACAGACUAGAAUUUUUACAUUUUUUACCCUUUUAGAAAAUGUUAGCGCAUAGUUGCGUUAUUAGGGUCCGACCGCGGCGUAAACGACAGCUUACAGCCGAGAAUGAAAUCCGAGUCAUUUUUAACGCUUGGCAAAGUGAACAAGAGUGGCUUGGUAUCUACAAUUCCAACACUUGACUCGCUAGCUAACAACAGCUUGAUUCAGUUAGGUUCUGAAUCCUUGCCGUCGGUCGUGGGAGCUCACGAGUGAUCUGUGAAGAUCAAUGUAGUAGCGAAAACCAAUAGAUAGCUUUUGUAUUGAUAUGGCGGUAGGACGCCACAAGCCGCUUUGAAUGUACAUUGUACGGUGGCUUGGUGCUAGUUUCGUAUUUACGCGGAUUCGUCGCUUCUAUGUUUCGGACCAAUAUCUUAAAGCUAUAGUCUUCUUGUCAGUAAUCUUUGUCGCUUUAUGUGUCAAAUUUGUGCGAAUUUUUAAAUAUAAACAUAAAAUUUUGUGUAUAUCGACCUCUAUAAUGGUUUAUUAGAUUUAUCUGAAUUAUCUUCUAUAAGGAUAUCCGUAAUUCAAUGUAUCUAGCUGGAGCGACGGCGCACUUAGUGAAUGUGUCCAAAAUUGUUGUAGGUUAGUAUCAAAUUUGAUGCCAAUAUUUAUUAUGAGGAAGGUCGAAGAUGGUCGGCGCUGUCGCACCAGUUAUUUCCAUAUAGGCUGGGUCGUUGAUGUAUUACACAUUUAUUUUUGUAAGGGCGGGCCAGUGUGAUAUCUAUAAUAUGAAAUGGAUAAAUAAAUAUGUAUGAUCUGUAAAAAUGCUUAAA